UCAAAGUAAGACAAAAAUUAACACAUAUAGAAAAAUAUAUUUCCCCAUAUGGUAGUAUUAACUGGCAUCAUCUCCUCUCCUCACCCAUACAACUUGGUUUUUAUAUAAAUAGUUAGAUAGAUGUGUCUUUAUCCCUCAUCAGUUUCUUCUCUUGCAUAUCUUUUCAUUUAUACAAAGCACCAACAAAAACCUAAUCAUGCUGUAUUCAACACACCAAGAGUGUGGGGUUUGUAAGCGAGUCUUCGUAUCGCCACAACACCUAAUCUCACACAUCAACGCUUUUCACUCCAACCGCCGUGUUCCUCCCACCUUCUCUUCCCCCGCCGCCGCUGCACCCACCAACUUCCGCUACCACCCGAACGUGAACCAGAACCGGAACCCUAAUCCUGGUUUUCAGGGGAGGACUCAUAUGGAUUACUACCGUAGGGGUUAUCUUGAUGAUGAAGGGAAGUUUCAUAAAGGGUUUCCACCGGCGCCGGCUAUGAGUAGGAGUAUGACUCCUCCGGCCAGAAAAUGUAAGUAUUUGAUGCCGAGGACUCCUAAGAUAUCGAAGAUGCCGAAGCUGAUGGAUCUUUUUCCGGAGGAGACGUCAUCGGAGUGUCUCCGUACGCUGCCGCUUCUUUGCCAGCUGGAGCAACGGAGAGAUCAGGAGGAUACUGUAGAGACGGAGAGCAGUGGAGCCAACUCGAGUUCCAUCGACUUGUCGUUAAGGCUAUGAAUUUUAUAUUAUCCGGGCAAAAUUAAUAAAAUAAAAAAGGAGAAAUUUAGGAUUUUAUGAGAACUGUCUUAUGUCUUUUGUGUUUUGUUCUUGUUUUUGUUUGUUUGUUUGUUUGUUUUAACAGUUCUUUGGACUGAUUAGUGUAUCAUAUAUGUAUUUGUUUUUGGAUA